AUGUCAUGGGUUUAUUCGACACUUUAUCAGCAAGUGUGGCACAAUAGGUCUGCAUGCGUAAGCGCAGUACGACUGCUCUGCGCACUGCUGCACCAGCAGCUAUUGCUCCGCAUCGAAUUCCCGUUCUUCGCACAAUUAAGGUCAUUCGAGAAGUCUCAUUUGUCACCUUCGAAAGAUGAUCCGCGACAGACAAGCUCAUCUACACAAGGAAUCAAUUUUCAUUCCUGUGACAUCAGCGAUGCAUUGGCUCUCAACGCUCUUAACAGGGCGAAAACUGAGUCGUGUCAGAGAAAAAUUAGUGAUGCUGCCUGCAAGCUAAAGAACGGUCUUUUUCAUGACCAUUUUCCCGAGAGUCAGUGUGGGAAUCACGAAGGUCUACUAGUAAAUUUUCGCCUGGGAUGUUUUGAAGACAACAAGAAAGACCGAGCUUUGAGUGGAUUCGCUUACGAGUUCAAAUCAGACAAUUCUGUAGAGAAGUGCCGAUCAACUUGCUACAGAGCCGGUUUCAUAUAUUUUGGAUUAGAGUUCGGACGGGAAUGUUUUUGUGGAGAUACAUUAACAAAAUCUUCUCUUGACGAGACGAGAUGUACAGAAUAUCGCUGCACGGGGAAUUCUUCUCAGUUUUGUGGUGGAUUCAAUGCAGUCGAAAUUUUCCGCACUGGCUUAAAAGAACCACAUCCCAUGCCGAAAGCGAGAUAUGUGGAGCUGACCGACUCUGACAUUAACUUGAAGAUCCCUAAAAUACUCUUUCUUUUGCAGCUCAACGGAAGGAACGAACGCCAAGUGAAGCGCCUCUUGAAAGCUCUGUAUUCACCGCACCAUUAUUAUUACAUCCACGUAGACCAGCGCCAGUUGUAUAUGCUAACAGAAGUGAGAGCAGUUGCAGCAAAGCUACCAAAUGUUUUCGUUGCUCCUGAUGCUCAUAGUACUAUUUGGGGUGGUGCUUCCCUGCUCACCAUGGUGCAAGAUGCCAUUAGACGAUCCAUUGCUAUACCAUCUUUGUCGGAUUGGAACUACUUGAUCAACUUGUCUGAGAGCGACUUUCCGGUCCUAACACUUAAGGAGCUUGAAACCCAAUUACGCUUAAAUCCUGGGAAGUCGUACAUGAGCAGUCAUGGGUACAAUACGGCUAAAUUCAUACAGAAGCAAGGAUUCGAUUUUGUGUUCGUUGAGUGUGAGAAUAGGAUGUGGAGGAUUGGUAAGAGAGAUGAGUUCCCACGCAAUCUACGCAUUGACGGUGGUUCCGACUGGAUAAUUCUACACCGAGACUUCGCCGAGUAUUCGAUAUCAGAAGAUGAACUGCCAAGGAAGAUGCGUACACUUUUUGGCAGCGUUAUUCUUCCUGUUGAGAGCUUUUUCCACACGUUAGCUUACAACUCUCGGUUUUGCAAUAACAUAUUGGGUAGUAAUCUAAGACUCACAAAUUGGAACAGAAAACAAGGUUGUCGCUGUGAAAGCCUCAAAAAGAUCGUUGAUUGGUGUGGUUGCUCUCCUCUGGUUUUUAAAAAAGAACACACCUACAAGUUCGCAGUCGAGAAUGCGAAAUCAAAACCAUUCUACAUCGCACGGAAAUUCGAGAGUCUCAUUGAUAUUGACGCCGUUGCACAGGCUGAGGAGCAAGCAUUGCGUGACAGACCUCAUCUCUUGCACUUUUCUGAUGUAAUGUUCAACGUAACAUUCGUGAACCAUUAUAAGGCAGACAUUGACGGUUAUUCCCAGCACUUUUCUAUGAUGGCCCAAUCGUUGUUAUCUAUAUACACCCAAGAUGUAGAGUUUAUGUCUUUGCUGAGAAUAGAUGUAGUGAGGAUGCAUUCAUCAGCACCUCAUCAGCUGGUCUUCACAAUCCAGAUACGGAAUUCUGAUGUACCCUUGCAACUGUUAGUUCAGCGCCGGCUGGUUUCUCAUAUAGCAUCGCCCGCUAUUGUGGAUGGGUUCAAGCUCGAGGGUGUCAUGGCUGGCACUGAUAUCGAUCACAAGGAAGAAAUUUUCCGAGGAGCUACAGCCUACGCUGAUGUAAUGUCAUCUCCCGUUAUUCUUUUACGUUGGAGUCGAGUGCCCGGAAUGGCCACUUCCGUUAAUGAAACUAAGACUAGUCCUAGUAUUCGGUUUCUAUGGCGUGGUCCAAAACAGAAGCUCAUCGCAACUCAGAAACUUCGCCCGUAUGAUUCUAUAAAUGGCGCUCAAUUUGCCGCGCUACAGUUAAAGAAUCUGAAUACGUCGAAUCUGGAGUCAGGAAUGUGGAGCGUUGUUGUUCAAACUGAUACAGAGGAUUCUCCAGAAAUAAUUGCCUCUGUGUGGCUACCGAUUUACUCGACGAACAAUGCUUCACAGUUCCAGUCCCUAAAGAUAAUUCGCGGCGACCCGGCCGCUGUUGGAGAAGCGGUUUCGCUCGUUGGCACUGUAAACGAGUCUAUGGUCGGCGAAUUGCCUCAUGUUGACGUUUGCGCCGCGCAGACAUGCCCAGUUCUAUUUGGUCUCGUUUAUGAAUGCCCCAAUGUGCACGCGUCCGUAUUCGGUUUCACGCGAGUUGGGGAAAGGAUCCCUCUCCACGACCACCCGACUAUUCAUGGUUUCAUAACCGUUCUCAGAGGAGCAGUAAAGGUGAGGUCGUUCUCAUUCUUGGAUGCCACUGGCAAGCACUGGUCUGGCAGUACAAAAGUUCGGUACGAAGGGGAGAAAAUAGUUAGUAAAGGAGAUGGCUGCGUAAAUUUGCAUCCUUUAAAAGGAAAUAUACACGAAAUUACUGCAUUAGAAGAUGGAUCAUUCUUUUUCGAUGCCUUAUUACCAGGGUAUGAUGAAUCUCGUGCGUGCUCCUAUUUUGAAGCACCUGAAAGUCUUCCAUUAAUUGGACGUGAGUGCGCUGUCAAAGAAAUUGGUUGCCCUUCCAACUACUUUUGCUACACUAUCCCUCUGGAACCUGUGAGGCAACUUUGA